GGGGGGGAGAAUUCAAUCAACUGAUUGAAUGAUUAAGAUUAAUACGAAAACAUUUAUGUAAAAUGAGUAAAAACUUUUUUAAUUUUUAAUUCUUUUUCGGCAUAUGGAAUAAAGUCUCCUUGAGUCGGUCCACAAAUCAUAGUGUUCAGUAAUCACAAGACAAUAAAGCAGCCUCUUCUUUCUCCUUCCCUUCUUCAUUAAGUCAUCCCCAAACAAAGCCUAGACUCUACUUUCGUUCUCUUCCUGUCUCUCUUGUUCUCGUUACUUCAUCGGAGAUCAGACCUUAAUACCCACGAAAAAUAUAUCCAAACCCAAAUCUCUCUGUCCCUUAAGUCUUCCAAAUUCAAUCUCUGAUCCUCUUUUCGGUCCUUUUUUCAAUAUUUCCUUUGAAAGAUUAAAUCUUGUUUUAUACAUAAAUAUACUGUUAUUACUAUCAUUGAUAUUUCAAGUUCCAAAUAUUAUUUAUUUAUUUUUUUUAAAAUUAUUUUUGGUGAUUGGCAACAAAUCAGAACUUAUUCUUCAAUCUUUUUCGAGAUGAACACAAGAAAUCCACUUUACACGAUCCCCAAACCCUGCAAGCACCUUUCGGAUUACAAGCUCAAACAUGGGUUGAAUGGCUAUAAAUGCCUCCAAAAGUGCCUCAAAACCACCCCUGAUGGGAGGACCAGGGUUGAGAAGCUCAAUACAAAGAUACCCAUUUGCAGUAUCUGUAAUGGGUAUCAAGGUAGAUUGUAUUUCUGCAUAAUUUGCUCUUCAAUCUCAUGUUCAGACCAUAGCUUUAUGCAUACCCAAUCUAGAAGCGGCCAUGAUAUAGCGGUGGACAUUGAAAGGGCCGAGCUUUACUGCUGCGUGUGCUGUGAUCAGGUUUAUGAUCCUGAUUUUGAUAGGGCUGUGAUGUCAAAACAUAACAUUGAUAUGCCAGAUGUAGAGAGCAUCGGUGAGAGACUAUGUAAGAGAAAGAGGUUGGGUUCAGGGGCCGAAUUGGUAGAUUUGAAGAAGUCCAAGCACUUGGCUUUGAUGAGAGAUCGGAGGGCUAAAUCGUGCUAUCCAAUUGGUUUGAGGGGUUUGAAUAAUUUGGGUAAUACUUGUUUCAUGAAUUCUGUGUUGCAAGCAUUACUACACGCACCCCCUCUGAGGAGUUACUUCUUGAGCAAUCAGCAUAAUCUUGAAACAUGCCGCAGAAAAUCAGGGGACCGGCUAUGUCUGCCUUGUGACAUUGGGGAGAUUUUCGAGGCUGUUUUUUCGGGUAACCGGAGUCCUUAUAGUCCUGUUCAAUUUCUUUACAGUUGGUGGCAGCAUUCUGCAAAUCUGGCGAGUUAUGAACAACAGGAUGCUCAUGAGUUCUUCAUUGCAAUGUUAGAUGGUAUCCAUGAAAAAGAGUGCAGAAGAUUGAACAAAAGAAAAGAUAAUGGAGAUUGUCAAUGUAUUGCUCAUAGGGCAUUCUCCGGACAGUUGAGAUCAGAUGUUACAUGUAUGACAUGUGGGUUCACUUCGACAACAUAUGAUCCUUGUGUAGAUAUUUCACUUGAUCUGGAUACAAACAAUCAUUCCUUGACAGAUGGUGUUAACAAGCUUUCUAAACCAAAUACAAGCGGCAGUACAUUUAGUCUUUUAGGUUGUUUGGACUUGUUUACAAAGCCAGAGAAGUUGGGGUCGGAUCAAAAGUUGUAUUGUCAAAACUGUCAAGGUAUGCGAGACUCAUCAAAGCAGUUGUCCAUCAGAAGGCUCCCAUUGGUAUUGUCUUUGCAUAUCAAACGCUUUGAGCACUCUCUGAUAAGAAGAAUGUCGAGAAAGAUCAAUGGCUAUUUGCAUUUUCCUUUCUCCCUAGACAUGACUCCAUAUCUGUCAUCAUCAAUUGUCAGAAACAGAUUUGGGAAUGGGAUCUUUGCUUUUGAGGGUGAUGAAUCUGAUGUGUCAACAGAAUUUGAGAUUUUUGCAAUGGUUACUCAUUCUGGGACACUUGAAUCUGGUCAUUAUGUGACAUAUCUACGCUUGGUAGACCAAUGGUACAAAUGUGAUGAUGCUUGGAUUACUGAGGUUGAUGAGGGGACUGUGAGAGCUUCCCAAUGUUAUAUGAUGUUUUAUGUGCAGAAAAAGCUUUACCCUAAAGAGAUUGGAAAUUGAGUUGCUUGCCAGCUUCCUUGCAGAAGUAGCCUUCCCAUCCGGUUGCUGGUUCCUGCCAAAGGGAAUGUGUAAAAUGACUAUCUGCUGAAAAUUGCUUGAUCCAAAUGGCUUUUCAUGUGCAUGGAGAGCUGGAUAUAAACCGGGUGGGAGAGUGCAAGGGAAGAUUUCUGCAUUCUUGGAUUUGUUUGGAUCUAAAUGCCUUGCAUAGGAGUCUAAAUCACCUCCAUAUGCUAUACUGGCCAUGACCAUGAAGGCCAAAAUCGAAUUGCAGGUUCACAGGAGAUCACAAUUUGAAGCAGAAAUGCACAAAUAUAAUCUUUCUUAAUGAUUUGCUUAUGGGUAGAGUAUUAUCAAUGUUUGCAGGAUUUUUAGCCAAAUAGUGGUGUUCUAUUUCCACUAUUCCUUUGCAGAAUUCUUUGACUGAAAUCGGUCAUGUACAGCAUUAAUCUUUUACUAACUAAUGGAUUAGUUUAUUUCAGAUUUCACUGACUGUUACUCAGAA